AUGGCUGACUCUGGUCCCAACGCCGACGCUUCUCAGCUUCCCCCACCUCCCCAGGGCGGCGCCCCCGGGUAUGAAAACGGACAGGGCAACCAGUCGAACCCCUCCCACAUGCCUCCCCCGCCGCUCCAUAUCCCCCAGAACACGAACCCCAUUCCGACUGCCAUAACCUCUCCCAUGUCCGGGCCUGGAAAGGCUCUGUCCCCUGGCGGUGCUGGCUUUGGACGUCGUGCAGCUCCUGAGCCUAACAAGCGAGCUCUCUAUGUCGGAGGUCUUGACCAGAGGGUCACUGAGGAGGUUUUGCGUCAAAUUUUCGAGACAACCGGCCACGUUCAGAGUGUCAAAAUCAUUCCCGAUAAGAAUGCUAAGGGCUAUAACUACGGGUUUGUCGAGUAUGAUGAUCCUGGUGCGGCUGAGCGCGCCAUGCAGACUCUGAACGGCCGACGAGUGCAUCAGUCGGAAAUUCGCGUCAACUGGGCCUACCAGUCGAAUACCUCGAGCAAGGAGGAUACCUCUAGCCACUUCCACAUCUUCGUUGGCGACUUGUCCAACGAAGUCAACGAUGAGAUUCUCACCCAGGCAUUCUCCGCCUUCGGUUCGGUCUCGGAGGCUCGAGUUAUGUGGGAUAUGAAGACUGGUCGAUCUCGUGGUUACGGAUUUGUCGCUUUCCGCGACCGCGCUGAUGCCGAGAAGGCGCUGAGCUCCAUGGACGGCGAAUGGCUCGGCUCUCGUGCUAUCCGAUGCAACUGGGCCAACCAAAAGGGCCAGCCCUCGAUUGCUCAGCAGCAGGCUAUGCAAGCUAUGGGCAUGACCCCUACGACGCCUUUCGGUCACCACCAGUUCCCCGCCAACGGUAUGGCGAGCUACGACAUGGUUCUCGCCCAGACUCCUUCGUGGCAGACGACCUGCUAUGUUGGCAACCUCACCCCCUACACCACACCCAACGAUGUAGUACCGUUGUUCCAGAACUUCGGAUAUGUAGUCGAGUCUAGGUUCCAAGCCGAUCGCGGCUUUGCCUUCAUUAAGAUGGAGACUCACGAGGCUGCCGCCAUGGCCAUUUGCCAGAUGAACGGAUAUCUCGUCCACGGUCGUCCCCUGAAGUGCAGUUGGGGCAAGGACAAGACCCCCAACCAGGGCGGCUUUGAUCCCGCUCAGCAAGGGUUCAGUCCCCAGAGCGCGCAAGGCCCUGGUUUCCCCCAGACCCCGACCGGAUACUUCCCGCAGUACGGUACCGGACAAUACGGUGGCCAGCCUGGUAACUAUGGCGGUCCCGGUGGACAGUCGCCUGCCAACUACGGAGGCCAGAACGUGGGCUACGGUGGCCCCCAGAGCGGUGGUGGCUAUGGCCGUGGAGGGCAGCCUCCCAACGCCCAGUGGCCUCAGGGCCCCAAUCCUGGCCAGAACUACAACAAUGGCUUCAGUGGUUACCAAGGUUAG